GAAAGAGAAACAGAGCUCUUCAAAGAUGUUCCUGUAAUGUUUCAUAUUAAACAUUUUAUUUGUUUAUUUUGCUCUGCGUAGAAAAAGGUUAUUACAACAAUGUCAAGAUAUCACAAAGCGGCCAUUGAUGGCUAUUUGGAUCUUUUGAAAGAAGCCACAAGAAAAGAUCUGAACACCCCAGACGAGGAUGGCAUGACACCGACUCUCUGGGCAGCUUAUCAUGGACACAUUGAGGCUCUUCAACUGAUAUGUAGCAGAGGGGGGGAUCCAAACAAAAGUGACAUAUGGGGGAACACGCCCUUACAUCACGCUGCUGCAAACGGUCACAUGCAGAUCCUCAGCUUCCUGGUCAACUUUGGAGCUAACCUCUUCGCUCUGGACAAUGAUUUCCAUACUCCUAUGGACGUCGCUGCAUCUCGAGACCAUAUGAACUGCGUUAGUUUCCUAGACAGCGCUGCCUCCCAACAAACAAGCCAGAACGCCAAAAAGGUGUUACGUCUGAAAGAGCAGGCUACCAAAGAUGCAGAACGUAGAGUCAAGCAAUGCGAACGGGUGAAGAAGAGGCAUCAAAGUAAGAUGGACAAGAUGUACCGUGGCGGCUCUGUCUCGGAGGCCAGUCUCGCCUCAUCCAGUAUGGGCACAAUAAACAGCGUGACAGGGGAACAAUUCUCAAAACUCAUUGCCGCAGACACCAACGGGUCUGUUAAGUCAACGAUAAAGGGAACCCUCCAACGCAAGUUUGGGAAAAAGGACAAAGGGACAAUGAGUAGACAGGGGGACAGCAAUGUAAUUUUUGUCAAACAAGAUGGUGGCUCUCAAGGGAAGCCUGAUUUUAUUGACGUCUUCAAUGAGCAGGAUGAAAACGAGGACGAAGAUGGCGAGAGAGGUUUCGACAGCGACGAAGAGGGAGCAAGUCAGGUGAAAUCUAUCUUUGAAAGACCUGGCCUUGGUAAAAUGGUCUUCCGCAAGAACUUCUCCAUGGAGAUGGGCAUUGAACCAGAAGACCUUCCAAGUGGUGAUACAGAAGACCUUGGGUUCCUCAUCCGGCAAGAGGUGUUUGAGACUGUGAACGUAGGAUCGGAGGGUUUUGAGGAGGAUUCAGAACUUCCUUGGAAUGAAGAGGAGAUUGGUCUGGAUGAGGAAGAUGAGACAUCACCCUUGGAUUCAUUCUUGGCAUCCAUCAGCUUGUUGGACUUUGCUCCUGUGUUCACCCGUGAGCAGCUGGAUCUUGAAGCCCUAAUGCUCUGCUCAGAUGAUGAUCUCAAAAGCAUCCGUAUCCAACUGGGGCCACGCAAAAAGAUUCUAGAAGCAGCAGCUCGCAGGAAGGCUGUCCUGGAGCAGUCUAGUGUUAUGAACGAUAGCUUCCUUUAAGAAACAAAAUAUUGCAUGUUUUUUUCAGUUUGGACUUAGUUUAGUUCUGAUUCGCUUGUUUCUAUCAUAGCUCACUUUCUAUGAUUUGAAUGAUUACAGUGCUUGCAAUUCUUCUUCUUAAAAGUUAUAAUCCACCCAAAAAGAAAAAUUCUUUCAUCAUUUACAGUACACACCCUGUCUUGUAUGACUUUUAUUUUUCCAUGAAACACAAAUGGAGAUAUUUACAGAAAUCCAAGCUGUUCAUUGUGAUUUUUUUGAUAUUUUUAUACAACAGUUAAAAAAAUAGUUAUAAAAAUUUAAAUUAUGUUUCAGACAAACAUUGGUCAGUUCGUUCGUAGAUCUUUUCUCUGCCAGCUAAAAUAGUUUCAAAAGAAGACAAAACAUAAAGCAAAUCCACUCUCUGCACUGCUCUCAUACUCUGGUUUUGAACUAGUUGUGUUUAGUUAAUUAAUACGAAUCUGUGUUUUUAAAUGAACCUUUUAAGGAAACAAAUCAUUCUCAUUCACUUCCAUUGUUUUGCUCAUGAAGACUGUGUUGUUUAAUGAAUCACUUGAAUCGGUGAGCACGUUUACAUGCAUGUUCUUACACCAUUUAUGCUUAAUAAGCCUUCAACGAAUGCGGUCAUGUAAAUGCAAUAAACCGCGUUCCUUUAUCAGCAUAAAGGCCAUAAAUGGCUUAUAAAUAACCCAAUUGACACGGGUAGAUUUUUGCCCAUUACGCCAAUUUCACGUGCCAUGUAAACAUCUUACCUGGUGUUCUUACCGGCUCAUCCACUGUGUGCACAUAUUGAGUGCAUGCCUCAUCACGGUUUGAUGUCAAAAGUAGAGAAUAACGCGAUUAUUUCAAAUGUCAUUUCUUGUCUUGUCAGAUUUUUUAAAUAAGCUGAUUUUAGAGAGUAAUUAGCAUAUUGGUGUGCAUGUAAACAAGCUCAAUGACUAUAUGACUCACUCAUAACAUAAAAGAGGCUUAUUUGUCUCCACCUACUGGCAUAAAGAUGUCAUUUACAGAAAUGUAAGGUAUUACUAAAUGAAUAAGUGAACUAAAUCAAAAUGAACAAUUAAUCAAAAUCCCCACCACUAUUUGCAAAGCCAUGAACACAGACAAGACAGAGUGAUAGAAAUAGUGAAGCAUCCCAUUGCUGUUAUACUGAAUAUCAGCACUCUUGCAAAGCUUCUUGGCCUAUCAGAUUCAAGGACUGGAACUGCUGUUUAAAAUGGAAGUAGAUGAGGACUAGGGGCUUGAAAAAACUUGAAAAAGGACAAAAAAGCACCAUAUAAGUAGUCCAUAUGAUUUGUGUGCUACGUUCCAAUUCUUCUAAAGCCUUACCAUAGCCUUUUGUGAGAAACAAACCCAAAGUUAAUUUAUUGUUUACUUGCUCAAAAAUCUUGCUUGACAUAAUUUUCAAUUUUACGAGAACUGUCCCUUUAAGGCACAGACUUUGUCAAGGCUCAAGCUUUUGUUUUGUAGAUAAUUUCAGUCUUAAACCUUGUCCUAACCAGACGCGAUGCAAUAAGAUUCCAGCGACAAGCAAUCUGUCUGUCCACACUAGACGUGACGCGACAUCGUAAUAUUCAUACACUAAAAUUAGGAUAAUUGACAAUAAAAUUUUGAAAUCACAGCAAUUACAGACAGAACAGUCUGUUUAUUGAACGAAACUCAUUUUCUCACUGAAGCUGCAUAUGAGCAUACGCUUUCUAUGGUGUCAUAGAAAGUAUCUUUAUGUAUAAGGGGUGGGUGUAGGGAUGGUCUUUAGGGUUAAGAACCAAUCAGGUAGUGGGUAGUACGAAUCUGGCAGGAAGUCAAAUUUUGGCACAACACUGGCUUUAAUAUACUGUUAUAAGAGUAGUUUUAGACCUAUUUGUUGAUUGGGCUGCCUGACACAAAAUAGAAAUAGAAACCAAUUAAAAAAUAGAAUGCAAUCGCGUGUCGGGUGUCGCGGCUGGUUAGGAUUUUUUGUUUUAUUAAUAUGGAAAAGAUACCUUUUAUCGCAUGUUGCGUCUGAUUAGAGCACAGUGUUACUAUUGGUAUUCUAUCUAUUUUAGUUUUUUAUGAACUUAUACGGCGUAAGAUUUUAGAAAAUCAACGAACAUUUCCCUGACUUACAUUGCAAGAAUUAAAAAUACAAACAAGGAUGGCAUUUAUAUAUAUAUAUAUAUAUAUAUAUUUACACAAAUGAUUGCAAUUGGUCUUCAUUCUUGCAUGUGUUUGUAUACUAAAAUGAGAUUGGUCUUUUAUUUUCAUCUGUUUGUCACUCUACAGUAUAUUGCAUUUUACUAUCAAUAUUUCUUUCUUUCUCUCCCUUUCUACCUCUAUUUGUAUUUGGGUUUAAAAAUCUUACAUUCUUUUUCUGGCUUGCAAAAAAUUGUAUUUCCUUCAGUAAAUGUAAAUCUAGUUUUACAAAAUACACUAGUGAAAAGAUAUUAUUCAUGAGGUUAUAAGUGAAAUAAGUUUAAAUAAAAAUAAAAAAUAAAAAGACUUCAGCUUUUGUUUGCUGAAUAUAUAUGACACCGGUUAUGUUUAAUGUUUAGAAUUGUGUUUUUUGGCCUAUAGAUUAAAUCACGUAAUCAAUCAGUCAGUUCAUAUAUCACCCUCAUGGGAUGCACUAUAUGACGAUAUGUAUGGUUUGUUAUUUAAAGGAAUUCCUGAACACUUUCUGUAAUUAGGCUCUAUAUUUUUAUGUCAGUCAACGUAUAGCCUAUAUUUGUAUAUACAAUUUUUCAAUAUUUUUGCAAUAAAUCAGUAUAUUGAAAUGUA